AUGGCCGUUGUAGGCUCAACAUUUCCACCAGAGUUCAUCAACAGACUAGAUGAGUUCAAUCUCUUCCGUCGUCUGUCUAAGUCAACUUUAAGGGAUAUUGUCGAUAUCCGUCUGAAUGAGUUGCAGGCUAGGCUUGAAGACCGCCGCAUCGUGCUCGCGCUUAACGAUGAAAUUAGGAAUUGGCUAGCAGAGAAAGCUUUUGACCCUCGAUAUGGAGCCAGGCAUUUGAAUCGCCUCAUCUCCAAGCAGAUUGCAACUGGUCUGACCGACAGGGUAACCAGAGGCGAGAUUCGAAGUGGCCAACAAGCAAAAGUGGAGAUAGCACAUGGGGGACAUAGUCUGACAGUUCUGCCAAGUACAUAA